ACGACGUCAUAUUGAAUCUCUUAGCAUGGACAAUUGACUGACUGAUAUUACCCAGAUCCCGCAAGCAUAGGGCUGACUCAGCAUCAUCAGCGUCCCUGGCCCACUCCACUCGAGAAUAACUUUUUUUAAUUAAAAUCACUAAUAUUAUAGUACUAACGCAAACCAGAAAAAGAAUAAAACGACAAUUAAUUAGAGAAAUCUCCAGUAUAUCUGUCGUUCACCCAUACAGCUUACUGCAUUCACUCCACUCUGCUUGCUCUCAGCUCUCUCAUGGCUACAUUUCUCCCCACUUCCUUUAUUCUGCUCUACUUUUUCUUUUCUUUCUUCACCAAUUUUCCCCUUCUAGCACUUUCCUCCGAUCAGACGGUCAAAACCUUCAUCUUCCGCGUCGACGCUGAAUCCAAACCCUCCAUUUUCCUCACACACUACCACUGGUACACUUCUGAGUUCGCUGAUCCGCUCCAAAUCCUGCAUGUAUACGACACCGUUUUUCAUGGUUUUUCUGCUGCUGUAACUCCAGAUCAUGCCACAUACUUAGGCCAACACCCUUCGGUUCUCUCUGUUUUCGAGGACCGUCGCCGCCAGCUUCACACUACAAGGUCGCCUCAAUUUCUCGGCCUCCGAAAUCAGCAAGGGCUCUGGUCCGAAUCUAAUUAUGGAUCCGACGUCAUUAUUGGAGUGUUCGAUACCGGAAUCUGGCCAGAGCGCCGUAGCUUCUCGGAUGUCAAUCUCGGGCCGGUGCCGGCCAGGUGGAAAGGCAUUUGUCAGGCUGGAGUGAAAUUCACCCCCAAAAAUUGUAAUAAGAAGUUAAUCGGGGCUCGUUUUUUCCUCAAAGGUCAUGAAGCAGCAGCGAGAUCAGCGGGUCCGAUAAGUGGAAUAAACGAAACUAUUGAGUUCAAAUCUCCGAGAGAUGCGGACGGACAUGGGACACACACGGCGUCGACGGCGGCGGGAAGGCAUUCGUUCGGUGCGAGCUUGGAGGGGUACGCGACUGGGAUUGCGAAAGGUGUGGCCCCAAAAGCGCGACUGGCUGCUUACAAGGUUUGUUGGAAAAAUUCGGGCUGUUUCGAUUCUGAUAUAUUAGCUGCUUUCGAUGCUGCUGUUAAUGAUGGAGUGGAUGUUAUAUCCAUCUCCAUUGGCGGUGGUGAUGGAAUUUCCGCCCCGUAUUAUCUUGAUCCUAUAGCCAUUGGUUCUUACGGUGCCGUUUCUAGAGGGGUUUUCGUGUCAUCUUCUGCUGGUAAUGAUGGGCCUAAUUUGAUGUCUGUGACAAACCUCGCGCCUUGGCUUGUCACAGUUGGUGCAGGGACAAUUGAUAGGAAUUUUCCAGCUGAUGUGAUUCUGGGCAAUGGGCGUAGGUUAUCUGGUGUGUCUCUCUACUCUGGAGAGCCACUGAAUGGAACAAUGUUUCCUCUGGUUUAUCCAGGGAAAUCAGGGGGGCUCUCGACUUCAUUAUGCAUGGAGAAUUCCCUGGAUUCAAAUAUGGUUAGAGGUAAAAUUGUUAUUUGCGAUCGGGGAAGUAGUCCGAGAGUGGCUAAGGGGUUAGUUGUCAAGAAAGCUGGAGGAGUGGGUAUGGUUCUUGCAAAUGGAAUUUCCAACGGUGAAGGGCUUGUUGGAGAUGCUCACCUGAUUCCUGCUUGUGCUGUUGGGUCUGACGAGGCUGAUGCCGUUAAGGCAUAUAUUUCUUCCACGCCUAAUCCUACUGCAACUAUUGAUUUCAAAGGCACCGUCAUUGGAAUCAAACCGGCUCCCGUUGUGGCAUCGUUUUCCGGUAGAGGGCCAAAUGGUUUGAACCCAGAGAUUCUUAAGCCGGACUUGAUUGCUCCGGGAGUUAACAUUCUUGCUGCUUGGACUGAUGCAAUUGGUCCAACUGGACUGGAUUCAGAUACAAGAAAAACUGAAUUCAACAUCCUGUCUGGAACUUCAAUGGCAUGCCCACACGUAAGCGGUGCAGCGGCCUUGCUUAAAUCUGCACACCCAGAUUGGAGUCCUGCAGCAAUUAGGUCUGCAAUGAUGACCACUGCCAACACAUUGGAUAAUCUGAACCAACCCAUGAUCGAUGAGGCCACUGGAAAAGCAUCUACACCCUACGAUUUUGGUGCAGGGCAUCUUAAUCUUGAUCGUGCAAUGGAUCCAGGACUUGUGUACGAUAUUACUAACAAUGAUUACGUGAACUUCCUUUGUGGAAAUGGAUACAGCCCAAAAGCAAUUCAGGUGAUCACGCGAUCACCAGUGACUUGUCCGGUGAAGAGGCCUUCGCCUGAGAACCUCAACUAUCCUUCUAUUGCAGCAUUGUUCCCAAGCUCAUCAGUAGGAGCAAAAAGCAAGGCGUUUAUCAGAACCGUGACCAAUGUGGGUCCACUAAACGCUGUUUAUCGGCCAAUAAUUGAAGCUCCCAAAGGGACAACGGUGGCGGUGAAACCAGCGAGAUUGGUGUUCAAUCAGCGAAUGAAGAAGCAGAGCUUUAUUGUGACAAUAACCGCAGAUACCCGGAAUCUGAUAAUGGACGAUUCGGGUGCUGUGUUCGGUUCAAUUUCAUGGUCGGACGGGAAGCAUGUGGUUAGGAGCCCCAUUGUGGUGACCCAAAUAGAUCCAUUGUGAUCAAAUUGUGGAUUUGAUCAAUGGCGGUAGAUGGUUAAACUAGUAGUUGAAGCAGUAGGGAAGAAGGUGAGUGAAGUUUAGUAGCAUAAGUGUAGAUUUUGCUACGCAUAGUGAGAAGUCUCUUGGUGGCUUUUUUGUGUGGUUUUCCCUUGCCGUUAUGACUGGCAGUUGCAGAGUAGGACUAGGAGGCCCGAAGAACAAGUGGUUCUGAGGGUUGGCUGUUAUCUAAUUAUUAUUUGUUGUCUU